GCCGACGAUUUUGCCCGAACAACUCAAAUUACGAUAAAGAAAGGAUUAUUGAGACUAAGUGUAAAUAACUCUUUAUUUUUUAUGCUUGGCCCAUAGUGGAGAUAAUACUACAUCUUCGUGCUGCAAAGAUUGCAAUGUGUAUAAAGAUGAGUUGGAGAUGGUGUAUAUAAUACACACAAGUAAUAAUUUGUGACUUGAACUGAUUUGCCAGUAAGAACCGCAAACCAAACGACAAUGACAGCUUUAAAUUAUAAGUCUAAAAUACGUCGUAAAACUUGCUUUGCACCCAGUGGUAUUUCCGUGCAACAUUUCUGACGCCCGUAGCAAAAACAAAUACAGUCAUGAAAAUGUACCUUUUUUUGGUGAUAUUUAAAUAUGUACCAAUGCAAUGCUCGUCUAGUCAUAUGAAUAAGCAAAAUCAGUUUUAUACAAAGAGCGGAUAGGAAAAUAUCUUGCAAUAUAUUGCAAAGUGUUGAAAGUAAUGUUACAAAGUUAAUAAUGAAAUUAAUCGAAUUGGAGCAAAUCUAUUUUUCAGGGCAUUGAGUGUGCCAUCCGCCGCAUAUUGAACAUUAGCUUGUGAUUGAAACUAGUUAGUAAUCUCCAAUCUGCCUUUGAAACUCCAUCUGCUUCAGAUUCACGUGUUUGCAGUAAAGAGAGCCCCGCAAUUGAUAAAACAUACAACAUUGGCGGUAUCAGAGCGGCUUAGUUGAGGUGCCCAUUCUUCAGCAAAAGCUAAGCAAGCAUCACCAUCGUAGUCGUAGUCGAGCAGCAGAGUGGUCAGGAGGAGAGGAAACUCGUUUCUCGUUCAUGGUCCGUCGUCAGCGGUUUUCUCAUCGGUGCUUGAACUGAGCUCGCAGUCAUCGCUCGGAGUGUCGUUCAGUCGGACGUGUUUGGUUACGGUUCCCAUUAGCAGUACGGCUAGUUGGUCGAUUUAAAAUUUGUCUCCCAAAGGGUUGGAUAGUUCCCCAGAAAACUCUCCCAUCGAGUGACAUAACUCGCACCCGUGAAGACGGAUCGCGUUGCUUGGAAGUGCCUCAUCGACGUGUCCGGAAUUACAUAAUAAACACUAGGAGCAAUCAGUUUACAAUUUCAGAAGCUCUGAACCAUUGGCCUACUGUAGGAAUAACGGUGUUGCACGAGCCUCAGAGAAAGUGUCUUGAAUGGAAGACGUGGAAGAGUGAAGCAGACGAGAAAAAAGAAAGUUUAAUUUUUGAGUGCCGUUCAUCUGUCGUGUCUCAUUGAGAAGAAAGUUUUAUCUGUUGUAACUCUGAAGCAGGUGGUGAAAAUAAAAGUUACAAUGAGCAGUUACGAAGAAAAUGUUGGAAUUUUGGCACUGGAAAUAUAUUUUCCCUCGCAGUAUGUGGAUCAGACAGAACUGGAAGCAUAUGAUGGAGCUUCGGCUGGGAAAUACACGAUUGGGCUAGGACAGAGCCGCAUGGGAUUCUGUUCGGAUCGCGAAGAUGUCGUGUCGUUGUGUUUGACCGUAGUCAACAACCUGUUGGAGCGUCAUAACAUCUCACAUUCCAAAAUUGGGUGCCUGGAGGUGGGCACCGAGUCUCUCGUUGACAAAUCUAAGAGUGUGAAAACCGCGCUGAUGCAAUUGUUCGAACCAGUAGGUGUCACAAACUUGGAAGGUAUCGAUAAUGUAAACGCGUGCUACGGUGGUACUGAAGCACUGUUCAAUGCCUACGACUGGGUCAAGUCUUCCGCUUGGGAUGGCCGUUUAGCGUUAGUGGUCUGUGCAGACAUCGCCGUUUAUGCUGAAGGAUCGGCAAGGCCAACCGGAGGAGCUGGUGCAAUUGCUAUGCUGGUAGGGCCCAACGCACCUCUUGUUCUAGAUCGAAGUCUUCGGUCUACUUUCAUGAAACACGCCUAUGAUUUCUACAAGCCGGAUCUUAGCUCCGAAUAUCCAGUGGUGGAUGGUAAAUUGUCGAUUCAAUGCUACCUCGGUGCACUAGACAACUGUUAUCAAAAGUAUCGGGAAAAUUACGCUAAACAAAAUCCAAACGUCGUUGUGAAUCUGGAUAUAUUUGAUGCCGUUAUUUUCCAUUCGCCUUACUGUAAAUUGGUUCAAAAAUCACUGGCCCGUUUGGGUUUGAAUGACUUUGUACUUACGCCUGAAAAUGAUCGUCUUUCUACGUUUCCUGGAUUUGAGCAAUUUCUGAACGUUAAAUUAGAAGAAACAUAUUUCGACCGGGAUGUAGAAAAAGCAUUCAUGGCUCAUUAUACACCAGUAUUUAACUCGAAGACGAAGAAAUCACUGUACAUAGCCAAUCAAGUCGGCAACAUGUACACUCCAUCCGUAUAUGGCGGAUUGGUUUCCCUCUUGGUCAAUAGCGAACUAUCCGAGCUGGUUGGCAAGAGAGUUGGAGUCUUCUCAUAUGGCUCCGGUCUAGCAUCGUCAAUGUACUCCAUAUCGGUCACCAAUGAUGCCCAGGUUCUGAGUGCUUUUAAAGAUCGUUUGAACUAUGUACUACCGCAGCUGAAUUCUCGACAAAAGGUUGCUCCAGAAGACUUUACCAAGCUGAUGGAGGUUCGUGAGAAAAAUAACCAUGCUGCUCCUUACAAACCAUCCGGAAGUGUGGACGUUCUUUUCCCUGGAACCUUUUAUCUACAAUCUAAGGAUGAAAUGCAUCGGCGCGUAUAUGAGCGUGUACCUCCGAAAUCCCCAUCAGGAAACGUAGAUGUUCUUCUCUCUGAAUCGCUUUACAAUCAAUCUCUCGAAAUGAUACUCUCACGUACAUAUCCAGAAAAUGUAGGAAUUAUGGCCCUGGAGGUGAUCUUUCCCUCGCAGUAUGUGGAUCAGACGGAACUGGAAGAGUAUGAUGGUGUGUCGGCAGGAAAAUAUACGAUUGGACUGGGACAAAGUCGGAUGGGAUUCUGCUCGGAUCGUGAAGACGUCAACUCGUUGUGUUUGACUGUGGUUAAUAAUCUAUUAGAGCGUCACAAUGUUCCUCUCUCGAGAAUUGGAUAUUUAUCAGUGGGUACAGAGUCCCUUGUAGACAAAUCGAAGAGUGUGAAGACAGUAUUGAUGCAAUUGUUUGAACCAGCAGGAGUUACUCAUCUGGAAGGUAUUGAUAAUAUUAACGCAUGUUAUGGUGGCACGGCAGCUUUACUUCAUGCUUGGAACUGGAUUGAGUCUUCAAGCCAAGACAACCGUUUGGCAUUAGUUGUCUGUGCAGAUAUUGCCGUUUAUGCCAAAGGUUCAGCAAGGCCCACCGGAGGUGCAGGAGCUAUCGCUAUGCUGGUUGGUCCUAACGCUCCUCUAGUGCUAGAUCGAGGUCUUCGGUCUACUUUCAUGAAACACGCAUAUGAUUUCUACAAGCCAGACCUAAGUUCCGAAUAUCCGGUGGUGGACGGCAAAUUGUCGAUUCAAUGCUACCUUAGCGCAUUGGAUAACUGUUACCAAAAUUACCGAAAAAAUUACAUUUCGAAAAAUCCAGAUGCCAACGUCAACUUGGACAUAUUCGAUGCCGUUAUCUUCCACUCGCCUUAUUGCAAAUUGGUCCAGAAAUCGCUGGCACGCCUUGGUCUGAACGAUUUUGUGCUAACGCCUGAAAAUCAACGUGCUUCCGUGUAUCCAGGGUUCGAGCAGUUCCAGAACGUGAAAUUGGAGGAAACGUAUUUCGAUCGUGAUGUGGAGAAAGCUUUCAUGACUCACUACGCACCAGUAUUUAAUGCUAAAACGAAGAAGUCGCUGCACCUGGCCAAUCAAGUUGGAAAUAUGUACACCCCUUCUGUGUACAGUGGUUUGGUAUCUCUUCUUGUCAACAGCGAGCUGUCGGAGCUGGCUGGCAAAAGAGUAGGUGUGUUCUCGUACGGAUCCGGCUUAGCAUCCUCACUGUAUUCCAUAUCAAUCACUAGUGACGUCCAUGCGUUAGGGGCGUUCAAAGCUCAUCUGGAUUACGUACUGCCACUGUUGGAUUCCCGACAGAAAGUAGCUCCGGAGGAAUUUACCAAGCUGAUGGAGACUCGCGAGAAGAACAAUCACGCUGCUCCCUACGAACCAUCCGGAAGCGUUGACGUUCUCUUCCCUGGAACAUUCUAUCUGCAAUCUGUCGAUAAAAUGCAUCGGCGGGUGUACGAAAAGGUUCCUAAGAAAUCGACGCGGGUUAAUUGCACCUCCUAGUGCCCUUUAUCGAACAAUCUUUAUCGAAGCGUAGAGAAUAAAAGGCUGGAUUUUCUUCGUUCAGGGCUUAUGGUAAACGAACAAGUUAUUUAUUCUCUGUGAAGGUCUAAUCUUACGUCGUGGAUCAAUGUACAAUAAUAGAUAUGUUAAAACGUGUUUCCCAAGAGAAGCUUUCCCUUAGUUUAGAAUACAAGUGUUAUGUAUCUGUUUAUUAUCGAAUAGUUAUUGAGUUUAUCCAACAUAUUUUGGACAAUAAAAUUGUCAAACAAUGGUAGACAGUUAACUUAUUUAUUUUGCACUACUUAAUUAUCUCCUUAAAGACUGCUGGGUCUGUCGUAGAUUUAAAACUGAUUCCUUUAAACUUUGUAACUAUCAACCGCAUCAACCAAAUAGCAAAUUCGCAACCAGGGCAUCUAUAUCACAAUAAUAGUGUAAUCAAACGAAAAUAGCCGGGCAGUGAGAGAAACAUUUCUUAAGAAGUAGGUUUCAACAAAUUUCUGAAUAAAGUGAAAUCUGAAAUAAAAAAGUUUAUAUUGAAGUAUGAAAUCAAACCGGAGAAAUGCAAUAAAGAACAAAUUGUUUUGUAUGAAAAUCUUUAUACAUAAAACUUUAA